UUACUGGGAACACCGAAUUGCGAACACUAAGUAACAUUGUUUGUUGAAUGUUGGUUUGUGAAUUGUGAUAGCCAUUAAUUGAGUAAUAUAUUUUCCAGAAACCGUGGAAAGUACAAAAUAACAUAUUAGUGCCGAUAUUUUACAGUUUGUGACGAUGUAUUCUAUGGAUUUUGGGCUGUAACGUUUUCGUAGUGUUAAUAGACUUUUGUAGAACUACAAGUGCAGUGACGCCGUUGAUUGUGUAAAGCCAACAACAAUCUAAAAAUACUUUGCUCUUAUACAGCACUUUACAAUAUCAACUUUUUCUUCUCAUUUGUGAUGUUCCCGCAUUCCAUCAGCGCGGAAGAAGAAAAGAAGACGAACUUGAUUCCGAGUGUGAACCUUUUACACUCAAAAAGAAAAGGAAUAUUCAUACACCCCACGGCUAUGUACAGAAAUAGUGCAAGGUGCUGCACAAACACAAGUAACCCACUAAUAAUAAGUAUUUUGAGCGGGUAAAGAAUCAUCAGGUCGUAAGACGAGCAGAAACAAUGAAACUCUUGGAGAGUGGACGUUUAGAAGCAUUGAGCAGGGCACUGGCUAUCCUGAACGGAGACAGUGCCAUCCAGGGCCGUGUCGAGAGCUACAGCUGCAAGAUGGCUGGGACAGAGAAAGCUUUCUAUAAGAAGUUCACAGAUGCUGGAGAAACAUCACACAAUCUCCAUGCACUGUCACCUCCAGAGAGUGUCACAUACAGCCGCAGUUUGUCUGGUGAUGAUGAGGGAGUUCUUUGUGACACUAUUUCUCGGAAGACUUUAUUUUAUCUUAUUGCAACAUUAAAUGCUGCUUUUCCAGAUUAUGACUUUUCAAUGACAAAGAGCAGUGAAUUCAGUGCAGAACCGUCACUGACAUGGGUGCAAGGUGCAGUGGAUGCGGCUCUCUCCGCCGUAGGUGGCAUGCGCUGGCGUCAACUGCGUCCAGCACUCUGGGCUGCCAUUGAUGAUGAAGUGCUUUUAAAUGAAUGCCGUAUAUACAGUUACAACCCUGACCUAGCCAGCGAUCCAUUUGGAGAACCAGGCAGCCUCUGGGCAUACAACUACUUUUUUUACAACAAAAAGUUGAAAAGGAUUGUUUUUUUUACAUGCAGAGCUAUAAGUCCGGUGUGUGCUGUGGAUUCUGGUGUUGAUUUUGCUAUGGAUGAAGACGAAGAAUACAAUUGAAGAUUUUAAACAAUUUGGACAUCCUUUUAAUUAUAAUAGUAUAAGCUAAGCUAACCACAUUUAUUGCAUUAAUAAUUAUUGUCACUGUAAAUCUGGUGAAAAUCAAGUUUUAAAAUAAAUAAUUUCUUAAUCAUAAUUAAUAUGUAUAUACUCCAUAUUAUAACAAACAAGUUUGGAAAACUUCUGGAAAAAAGAUAAUUACCAAACAAUUCAUAUGGCCAAAAACUACAAUGGUCGGAUAUUGUGCAAAUUGUCCACAUUUAUAUUUACAAUUAGAAUUAAAAUCACUGAAUUUGCAAUUGCAACUUGCAAAUUAUAAUGGCCAUAAAGACCUGAUGUGGUGCGGAAAAUAUAUUUAAGAUGAUUUUGUGGGAAAAUUUUGUAAAGGACCUUGUCAGUCGCCUUACAACUUAAUAGACGCUAUAUCUACAUGAGUGGAAAAGAGUAAAGCAAUAUAAAUGUCGCUGAAAAAAAUAGAAAAAUGAACAAUCUAGAUCAGCUAUACUCAACCGGCGCGGUGAAUCUCCUAGAUUAAUUAAGCCGGUCGCCUGUGAAAUAAAAUCACAAAAAACUAUGGAGACUAUUCCUAAAGAAUAAUAUCAAGCAGUUAAUUGUGAAUAGUAAUUAAAAUAAAUAGAAUGUUACAUUUUAUUUUGUUGUUGGUCAUUAUGGCCCGAGGCAAUAUAACUAUGAAGUUUUUGUGGCCCCCCGAAAAAAAAGUUCACCAAUACUAAUCUAGAUAAGUACAUUAAAUGGAUAGCUAACUUCAGGGCUAUUAGUUGAUUGACUGACAUUAAGAAAAUUAUAAUUAUACCUAACUGAACAAGUAAACAAUGAAAGUAAUAUUGAGAUGAAAUUUUUUUGUUUAUAUGUUGCAACAAGAUAAUUAAUAAAAGAGAUAUCCUACAAGUCACUAAAUGCACAAGACGAGCAACUUAAUUCUCAUUUAUUUUACCAUAUUGUAAUAUUGUUGUAAAUAAAUGAUUUUAUGUUGACAGGCUACAAACUCGUCCACGCAUUUGUAUAUGUAGUGGCUCGAUGGAUUGUACUAAAUGUGGCUGAAUGUGUUUACAAUAACAAAGUUAAAAACAUAUAACUUCAUAUAUUAUACGAACGGUAUCAUUCUUCUUUAUAAUAUUUGUAAGACUUAAUAAUAUAUAUAAUAUGUUGGUUACUCGCACUUACCAAUUUCACUAUUAAUUUUAUAUUAUUAAGAUUAAAAUAGCUUACCACGUAAUGCAUUAAUUUUUACAGUUAUGUGUAACAACGAAAUUUCUUUUAAAUUUUGUAUUGGAAAAGAAUAUCAUUUGUAUGAAAAAAAAUUACACAACAACGCUCAAUAAUUAUUAGUUUAAUGGAUAAAUACAGGUGUUGCAGAAUAACAGGUGUAUCUAAAAUAAUUCAAAUUACAACCUCAAAUAUUCGUUUAUCACUAGGAAAAAAAGCGGCGAUAGCCUAGUUGGGUGUGGAACGGACUGCCAAGACGAAUGUCCGCAGGUUCAAAUCCCAAGGGCACACACCUCUGACUUUUCUAAAAUCAUGUGUGUAUUCUUUGUAAAUUUACCGUUCGCUUUAACGGUGAAGGAAAACAUCGUAAAGAAACCUGCACAUCUGAGAAGUUCUCUAUAUGAAUUUCGAAGGUGUGUGAAGUCUACCAAUCCGCACUAAGCCAGCAUGGUGGACUAAGGCCUAAUCCCUCUCAGUAAUAGAGGAGGCCCGUGCUCAGCAGUGGGCAAAGUAUAUAAUUACAGGGCUGAUAUUAAAAAUAACUGGCAAAUAUAAAAUAAUACAAAUUGAUUUAAAAUUAAAUGUUUAAUGUAAUUUAAUGUUCAAAGUAUAAUUGGAAUACAAAAUACCUAACUAUGCAGCACCACCUAACUAAUAGCAUUCAUUCUAACCAUCAUUUGUAAAAGAGCGCUCAUUUGUUUUAAAUUAUCACGGAACUGCAUUUAUGUAAUUAUAAUAUUAUCAAUUCUAUGAUAUUCUUUUGUUUUCAGCUCUUCUUUUCCAUGCUCAAAUUUGAUACAUAAAGAAAAUUGUACAUUAUUCACAAAUUAUCUUGAAUAAGUA